UUGAGACUUGAGACUCUGAAAGUCGGCAUCUUUACGAAACAAGCAGCUCUCCGAUGGACGGGGCAUCGUCGUCGGCGGCUGCGGCGAUAAAAACCGACACAAAACGGCCCCAAACGGCGGCGACAGGGUUGUUUUCGCCGAUAAACGACGACCUUCUCCACAAAAUCCUCUCGCGCCUACCCGCCUUAUCCUUCGCAUCAGCGGCGUGCGUUAGCAAAUCCUGGAACCAAAUCUGCAGCCGAAUCCUCACUCGCCCGAAGCUCGCCUCCGCCCUCUCUCUCCACCCCUCGCCUAAGGUUGCGGUGAAGGAGGUUAUCGAAAAGGUUCUAGCUGAGCCGAUACGGCCUCAUUUUGUUGUAGCUAAUAUUGGAAGUGGGUUUGGAUUGUAUGACAUUUCCAAGCUUAUAUCGAAAAAAUUGGGGUCCAGUGUUCCAUUCAUCAUUUCUACUUCAAGUGGAAUAUUUGGAAGAGAUGCUCUUACCCAUGAAUUCAAGGAGGUUAAGUGGGGAGAGGUUUGUGGUGAUGGAAGUGAUGAAGAUUGCUCUAUACCAGCAAAGGAUGCGAACUACGGCAUCCUUUUGACUGUUGGCUUUGUGCCAGGAUUGAAAGUUGAUGCCAUCCCGCUGUUACGAACAAUAAAGGAUCCUCGAGAAGUCUUGCUUGAUAAAUUCAUCAUGGAUAUUAAGGAUUACACAGCCUCAGUUUCAGAUUGCACGUCCCCGGUUGGAAUUAUGAUGUUUGGAGAUGGCCUUCGUGACAUGAAACCGAUUGUUGAUGCAUUGGAUUAUGCUAUGCCUGCGGAAACUGUCAUUGUGGGUGAUGAGAGAGGUCGCUUUUUAUAUAGAAGUGAGAACGAGUCUAGAAAUGUCUGUGGGAGUGCAAAAUACUUUACCGAUGCUGUUACUCUUGUAUUUGCCAAGGAUAAAGACAAGCCACAUGGUAAGUAUUUGGUUUAUUCAUUUAUACAGCAUCGUUUUUCCCUUGUUUCCAGCAUAGGUUUCUAUUCAAUUAGCUACUUGCAUGCCUUCAGAAGUGUCAGAUACAAAGUAAAGAAAGAAAUAAAAGGUAUUGGAGACAUUCAAUUCCAAAUUGCAUUAUCAAAUGGAGUGUCCACAGUCGGUUCCCGGCACAAGGCUGUUUCUGUCAAAGUGAAUGACUGUGAGCGUUCUACUUGGCUUACUGCUAGAAGAGAAGGACACCCAGAAAUUCUGGACGGUCAACAAAUUCUCGAUGAUAUCAACGAUGAGUUAGCAAAUCACGUUGAUUCUUCGGAUCUGUACAUUGGGGUUACGAAACGUAGAAAAAUCUCUAUUGGGUCAGAGAAGCCAAGGUGGAUCACGUCCUUGGAAUACCAUGGAGUUGUAGGAGGAGAUGAUCAGUACCUUUAUGUCAGUGGCGUUGGCAUAAAAACUGGCGAUUACUUCAACUUCUACCGUUCAGACCCCGAAACUGCAUUAGCUUCAUGUAGCUGCAUCUCUUCAAGCCUGAAAAAAUUGAAGGUCAAUCAAACUCAAAAACAUCACUGUCACAUGAGCGAAGUAUUUGGGGGUUUUAUGUUUGCUUGUUGUGGCCGUGGUGAGCCAUUCUUUGGACGCGCCAAUGUUGAUGGCUCUCCUUUUGUGGAGAACUUCUCCACGGUUCCGUUGGCAGGAAUAUUUUGCGGGGGAGAAAUUGCACGUGGCUCUUUGAGGUUGACCGGGGAAUCUCAGAAAGAUAGCGAUGCUCGUUGCACUCUGCAUGUCUACUGCACCAUUUAUCUUGUGCUGUCAUAUACUCCAGCACCAGCACCAUUGGAGCAUUAGAUGUUGCCUGCUGCUCUUCCCUUGAAUCUCUUUGUUUUAGUACACUAACUGUUUAUAUACGUUUCGGCUAUACAGUCGGUGAUCGAUAUAGCACGCUUCAAUUUGCAGUUAGGUGUUUUCUUUUCGGCAUAGCACGCUUUCAUGCAAUACACAAAAGGCUUUAUAUACAGUUGAUGAUCCAGACAUUUAUAUUAUUAUGUGCGAGAUUAUUUUUCAAGAAAAUAUAGAAAAGCAUGAAUGGGAAAGUGCGUUGAUCA